AUGGAUGAAGAAAGACUACUCAUUUACAGACUCGGUGUUGUGUUCAUAUGCCUCCUUCAUAUGAUAACACUGCGGGCAGAACGAUUCACAGUGACUGGAUUGGAGGGUCCAGUCUUGGCUCCAUUUGGGACAGUUCUUGAGCUCAGCUGUCAGUUGUCACCACCACAGAAUGCUCAGCACAUGGAGAUCCGUUGGUUCAGAACCCACUAUACACAGCCUAUUCACCAAUACGAGAAUGGCAAAGACCUGUUUGGAGAAAUUAUUCCCAAAUAUGUGGAAAGAACAGAGCUGCUGAAAGAUGCUAUUGGAGAAGGGAAAGUAACCCUUCGGAUCUUCAAUGUCAAUCCUGAUGAUGACGGGCAGUACCACUGCUUCUUCAAAGAUGGCAAGUUCUACGAAGAGCACAUCACAGAAGUCAAGGUCAUAGCUGGGAGCUCUCAGAUUCAGAUUAUUGUCCAUCCUCCUACUACCAAAGGUGUGAUAGUGGAGUGUCACUCCAAAGGUUGGUUCCCACGGCCUCACUUGGAAUGGAGAGAUAGCAGAGGAGAGAUCGUUCCAGCUAAAUCAAAAUCCUAUUCACGGGAUGAAGACAAAUUGUUCAAUAUGAAGAUGACCCUUCUCCUUCAAGACAGCUCCCUCAGGAACAUCACUUGUUGCCUUUGGAACCCUCUAAUAGGCCAAGAGGAAAGCACAAGCAUUGUUCUACCAGGUCACUGUUGCACAUGCCGCUCCCCAUGCUUUGUGGCCAUGGUGAUAACCGCUAUUUCUGUUGUUACACUUGGAUUACUCUUCUUCAGUUUGAACAAAAAAAAUAGAGUCUUUGUUUCAGAUGCGCAGUUUGACUUGGAUACUAUGUGGUUGGAUGACAUGACUAUGAUCCUGAGCAUGCUGAUGGUGUUUGCCGUCAUGCUUAUUUUCUCUCUCUACUUCAUACUAAGAGGUAGACAUAUGAAAGAAAGCAGAGCAAGUUUAUUUUUGAAAAAUUGCAGUUUGUGCAAAUAAGAAUGGGACUUGAAGUUUUGGCCAAGAAAACCAUGGCACUGAAGAUGCUGGGGUCAUUAGACAAUGGAGAAUUACCUUGAAUGCAUCUCAGUAAUAGGCCACACCCCACACAUCACCGACUGAGGGUAUUAACUCACAGAAGUGUUUUAGAAGAAAUCUUCAGGGUAACCUGUGAACCCAGGGACAUAAGAAUAAAUAUCCUUACUUCCUUUAGUCCAGGCAUACAGAGACCUCUGCAGACAUUAUACAAGAGGGUGUACUUAUUAUUUGAGCUUGCAACAUUCUUUGGUGCCACACAUGUGAUGCUGUUUGGGGCACUGUUACAUUAAGUUUUCCUACGAAGAUGUGAACAUCUAUUCACUCCAUAUUGAGCAUCAGGCACAGGCCAAAUAAAAAUUCCAUCCAAGUCCAACAUGGUGAGGCACUGAGAUUGUUGGUACUUGAGGAACAUGAGUAGUAGGCUGCUCACAAGUCCAUGAGUGGUCCCUGAGCAGCUUCAUCACAGCAAAUUCCAUUAAUGACAACCUCAUGAAUGUUGCAUUAAGUAGCCCCUAUUCAGUUAAAUUUUCCUUUCUUGUAUAUUCUAGAGUCUCCCAAAACUAUUGUAGCAAGGGUGCGGUAGGAAUGAAGGAGGCAUAGCUACAAUCUCAGAUAAAAAGCCUCCUUCCUACGUCUACUGCUGAAUGUCAACAUCAUUACCAGCACCACAGACUUUGCGACCCUCUGUAUUGUCCAGGUGAGAUCUCUCAAGUUUCCUGACCCAGUCACCUGCUAUAUUACUUCUCUGUCUAUACAUCAAG